AUGCCGAGACUUCCAGUGUCUUCGCAAUCGAGCUCCGUCGCCGGCACUGUCCCGCCGCCCAUGUUUCCUCCAGCUUCCGAUGCUGCUCACCCACCCCAACCACGGGAUGACCGACAACUCAGCGUCCUCACGCUCAACUGCUGGGGUCUCAAGUACAUCUCCAAGCUACGACUGCAACGCAUCAAAGCCAUCGCUUCCCUCCUGGCAUCAUCCACGACUCCACAUUACGACUUUGUCUGCCUCCAAGAGGUCUGGUACGAAUCCAAAGACUGGCGGUUCCUCAAGCACACGCUCGCCUCCCGCUAUCCCCACUCCAAAUUCUUCUACUCGGGAGCAUUUGGUUCAGGUCUCGCUAUUCUCUCUCGCUGGGCCAUACUCGAAACAAAAACGCAUCCCUAUUCGCUCAAUGGCCAGCCCCUUCAUGUACAACACGGGGACUGGUUCGUGGGGAAAGCGUGUGGAUGUGUCACCGUUGAUCAUCCGAGAUUGGGGUUGCUGGACGUUUGGAAUACUCAUUUCAUAGCAGCAGGCGGCGAAGAUGGUCCAGAGUACAAGAGGUCGCAUCGUAUCACUCAGGCCUUCGAGCUCGCGAAGGAAUGUCGGAACAGCGCAAGUCGAGGGCGACAUGUGGUUUGUGUGGGAGAUCUCAACUCUACACCUCCAUCGUUGGCGAUUGGACUGAUGAGACACGUUGGCGGGUUGUAUGAUAGCUUCUUGGACUCGCAUCCUCAGCUACCGGAGCAAGCGACGUCUUUGGAUCAGGGAGAGGACGCGUCGAGGAUCGGCGGACACGGAUUUGCGCCGCCAAAUCCACAGCGAGCUAUCGAGGAACUCGGCGUCACCUGUGAUUCUCCUCUCAACACCUGGACCACCGGAAAGAAUCUCGACGAACGUGCAACGCGGGGCGCAGGCAAGAGGCUCGACUACGUCCUCUUCCGCGGCCCCGUUGAAAUGCAACCUGGUUCCACGUCGUACUCAGCAUCCGCAUCUGGCCGCGGUCGUCUCGCAUGCACCUCCUCCUCCGUCGUCAUCACCGACAUCAUCCCAGCUCACCAAUGCUCUUUCUCCGACCACUUCGGCGUCGCCUCCACAUUCGACAUCCUAGACACCAUCUCACCCUCCACAACCAACGACAAGCCCUCUCAACACCGGAUCCUCACAUCCACCCUGCACGCUCUAUCCGGAGCUUUCGCCGCCAGUCGUUCCAACCAAAUGUCUCACUUUUACGUCUUUGGAACGGCCCUUCUGGUCGCAAUCGGUCUGAUCAUAGCAAGCAUCUUUCAGCCCUUGGGUGGCGUCAAUCCCGUAUUCGUGCUGCUAGCAGUAGUCGCAGGAUGGGCGGGGACAACCAUGCUUUACAGCGCAGUGAUUUGGGGCGAGUGGGAGAAACGUACGCUUCGUACUGUGAUGGAGUUGAUCGAGUUGGAGCUCAAUUAUCUUCGACCAGCUCAGAGCGGCACCGCCAACGGCAGCAGCAACGCUAGCCCUUCACAAGCUUUGCACGACGCUGUGCGAGAAGGGACACUCUUCUGA